AUGUAUAUCUAUCUAUCUAUCUAUCUAUCUAUCUAUCUAUCUAUCUAUCUAUCUCACUCUGGUCAUAUCUUUCUCACUCUGGUCAUAUCUAUCUAUCUAUCUUCUGAAUCAGUGUGGUCAACGCUAUCUAUCUAUCUAUCUAUCUAUCUAUCUAUCUAUCUAUCUAUCUCACUCUGGUCAUAUCUUUCUCACUCUGAUCAUAUCUAUCUAUCUAUCUAUCUAUCUAUCUAUCUAUCUCACUCUGGUCAUAUCUAUCUAUCUAUCUAUCUAUCUAUCUAUCUAUCUAUCUAUCUAUCUAUCUAUUUUGUCAUAAUUUUUUCCCCCAAAUUGUUCUUGAUAUAUAAUAAAUUCAUAUAUCAUUUUCCCCUAUCUAUCUAUCUAUCUAUCUAUCUAUCUAUCUAUCUAUCUAUGCCCGACUGUCCUAUCUAUCUAUCUAUCUAUCUAUCUAUCUAUCUAUCUAUCUAUCUAUCUAUCUAUCUCUUUCUUUACUUUCUGUAUCUAUCUAUCUAUCUAUCUAUCUAUCCAAAGAGAAAUAUCUAUCUAUCUAAAGAGAGAGAGAGAGAGAGAGAGAGAGAGAGAGAGAGAGAGAGAGAGAGAGACUACCUAUUUCAAUUCAUUUUUCUAUCUAUCUAUCUAUCUAUCUAUCUAUCUAUCUAUCUCACUUCAAAACCUGCUGAAUUUAACCCUAACGACAUCGACAAAUUUUCUUUUUUUCUUCUUCUUCUCGAACUUCUUUUUUCUUUCGUUCUUUUUCUACCCAUGACGUCAUCCUUUUUUUCUUUCAUUUUCUUUGUCAUUCUUUUUAUAGAGAUUUUCUUUCUUUUUAUUCAAAUCGUUGGAUAUUUUUCUUUUUUUUUAUUCUACUCCUCAGACCUUCCUUUUUUUUUUCUUUUUUUUUUUCAUUCUCUUUCUGGGGAUAUUUUUCUUUUUUUUUAUUCUACUCCUCAGACCUUCCUUUUUUCUUUCUUUUUCUUUUUCAUUCUCUUUCUGGUGAUAUCUUUCUUUUAUUUUAAUUCUAUUCCUCGUACCUGCCCUUUUUCUUUCUUUUUCUUUUUCAUUCUCUUUCUAGGGAUAUUUUUCUUUUUUUUUAUUCUACUCCUCAUACCUUCCUUUUUUCUUUCUUUUUCUUUUUCAUUCUCUUUCUGGGAUAUUUUUCUUUUUUUUUAUUCUACUCCUCAGACCUUCCUUUUUUCUUUCUUUUUCUUUUUCAUUCUCUUUCUGGGAUAUUUUUCUUUUUUUUUAUUCUACUCCUCGUACCUUCCUUUUUUCUUUCUUUUUCUUUUUUAUUCUCUUUCUGAGGAUAAUUAUCGAUUGGAAAGAGGGACGAAUCGAAAGACCGGAAUCCGUUCACGGAGCCAAAGAACACAUCACGUGUAUUCGACAUGUGCUCGCUUUCGUCUUUACCUGCUCGCCUUACCAUAUUUGUGUCAGGGUAAUGAUCACUCCAGCGCCGAUUUAUCGACCCCACCCGUCUCACUUCACCUCUUUCUCCUCCUCCUACUCCUCUUCCUCAUCCUCCUACUCCUCUUCCUUCUACUCCUCCUCUUCUUCCUCCUCCUCCUCCUCCUCUUCCUCCUCCUCCUCCGAUAUGCCUUCUAUGAUUUGUUUACCUGCCUUUGUUUAUUCAUAUCUAUCUAUCUAUCUAUCUAUCUAUCUAUCUAUCUAUCUAUCUAUCUAUCUAUCUAUCUAUCUAAUUCUGUUCAAAUCUAUCUAUCUAUCUAUCUAUCUAUCUAUCUAUCUAUCUAUCUAUCUCAGCCUGUUCAUUACUCCAUCUGUUUCUUUCUUUCACUCCCUCUCUCUCUAUCAUGCUUGUUUAUAUCUAUCUAUCUAUCUAUCUAUCUAUCUAUCUAUCUAUCUAUCUAUCUAUCUAUCUGUUUGUUCAAAUCUAUGUAUGUAUGUACGUAUCUGUCUGUCUGUCUCUCUCUAUAUAUAUAUAUCUUAAUUUGUUCAUAUAUAUCUCUGUUUCUAUCUAUCUAUCUAUCUAUCUAUCUAUCUGUUUGUUCAAAUCUCUGUAUGUAUGUACGUAUCUGUCUGUCUGUCUCUCUCUCUCUCUAUAUAUAUCUUAAUUUGUUCAUAUAUCUCUCUGUUUAUAUCUAUCUAUCUAUCUAUCUAUCUAUCUAUCUAUCUAUCUAUGUUUUGUUCAAAUCUCUGUAUGUAUGUACGUAUCUCUCUGUCUGUCUGCCUGUCUGCCUGUCUAUCUCUAUAUAUAUAUCUUUGUUCAUAUCUAUCUCCGUUUGUUUCUAUCUAUCUAUCUCAACUUGUUUAUACAUCUCUGUAUUUCUUUCUUUCUCUCUCUCUCUCUCUCGCGCGCGCUCUCUCUCUCUCGCUCUCUCUCUCUCUCUCUCUCUCUCUAUAUAUAUAUAUAUAUAUAUAUAUAUAUAUCUCAGUUUGUUCGUAUCUAUCUAUCUAUCUAUCUAUCUAUCUAUCUAUCUAUCUAUCUAUCUCAGUCUAUUCUUAUCUAUCUAUUGCAGUUUAUUCAAAUCUUUUUUAGUCCAUUCUUAUCUAUCUAUCUAUCUAUCUAUCUAUCUAUCUAUCUAUCUUUGUUCAAAUCUAUCUAUCUAUCUUUGUUCAAAUCUAUCUAUCUAUCUUUUUUUUCAAAUCUGUAUGCCUGCCUGUCUUUUGUUCAUAUCUCCGUUUGUUUAUCUAUCUAUCUAUCUAUCUAUCUAUGUUUGUUCAAAUCUAUGUAAAUAUAUACGUAUCUAUCUAUCUAUAUAUCAGUUUGUGCAUAUCUAUCUAUCUAUCUAUCUAUCUAUCUAUCUAUCUAUCUAUCUAUCUAUCUAUCACUUUGUUCAUAUCUAUCUAUCUAUCUAUCUAUCUAUCUAUCUAUCUAUCUAUCUAUCUAUCAGUUUGUUCAUAUCUAUCUAUCUAUCUAUCUAUCUAUCUAUCUAUCUAUCUAUUCAUAUCGAUCCUUUCCAGUCUAUUUAUAUCUCGCCUUUCCAGUCUAUUUAUAUCUAUCUAUCUAUCUAUCUAUCUAUCUAUCUAUCUAUCUAUCUAUCUAUCUUUAUAUUUACCUCGGUCGAAUUCUGUUGA